CACAUUGGCACCGGCUUGCCUUGUUUGCUUGCGCACUCGGUUGCUUCACACCCUGGAAGGGGUGGCGUCAGUAAUUAUGCACAUCUUAAGAAUGCAGACUUAGUUAGGACAGAGUGCAACGCAUCAACAGCCCCGGAAGCGCCACGCUGCGAGGAGCGAUGCUUCGCUGGGGGCGACACGGGCUGCGGGAGCGCCGGACGCCGAAUGCAGAGGACCCGGGGCCAAGCUCGCGGCCGACCCAAUUCACGCCGGCUCCUCUAUGGCAGCACGCCUCAGCACGCUCACAACGGAGGCAACUAGAAAAGGACCUAGCCGUGCUUAGCCGGACGCUGUGCCGCAGCCAGCCGUUUAACUCAGCCGCUGCAACCGUAGUUGUGCCGCUGGAGCCCCAGCACCAGCACCACCACCACCAGCACCACUACGACGAUGACGACGACGGCGACGACCGCGCGCCCUCGACGUCCGGUCCCGCCAACCACGCCCCUGCCGGGCGCGGCCGCGGCCGCGCCGCCCCCGGCCGCGGCCGCGGUCGCGGCCGCCACGCCGUCCCGCCUCCCGCGCGCCAGCCGGGGCUACGGUACGAGAAAGAGGUGGUGCCGCUGGCGCGUGAGGCGGAGCGCGACCUGCUGCCGGACGGGCAUCCCAACACGCCGUACCGGCGGCUGGCGUACCAGCUGCGGCAGGCCGCCACCGUGCAGGAGCUGCAGGCGCUGAUGCGGGCGCACCGCGACGACACCAACGUGUGGGGGCCGCACCACACCGCGCUCACGGUGCACCGGCUGUCGGCGCUGCUGUACCCGCGCGCCGUGGCGGCGGGCGCCGCCGACGCCGAUGACCCCGAGCUGACGGACGCCCGGGCCACCGCUAACGGCAUGUCCAGUAGCAGUAGCAGUAGCAGUAGCAGGAGCCGUACCAGCAGCACCAGCGGCAGCAACGGCCGCAGCAGCAGUGGCGGCUUGAAUGCGAACCAGCAGCAGCGCAUUGACCCGGCGCUCAAAGCCGCGGCCAACUCGAUGCUCAACUCGUUAUCCACGCGCCUAACCAAGCCCGCCGUCCGCCAAGUGCAGGGCUUCCACCUCGCGCGCCUGCUCAUCUGCAUGACCUGGCUCCACUUGGCGUGGGGCCCGCAGGCAGAGGCCGUGAUCGCGGUGUGCGUGCGCGAGCUGCUGCGCCCGCGCGGCGACAAGCUGGCGCGGGUGGCGGCGGCGGACCCGGUGCUGUUCGGGCGCCUGGUGCGCGCGCUGGCGGUGCUGAUGCCGCGCCACGCGCCGCUGUGGGUGGAGGUGCAGCGCCUGACGCUGGCGUCGCUGCUGGCGGCGCGCAGCGAGCGGCAGGGCGGCGAGCGGCAGGGGGCAGGCGGCUGGGACGGCUCGGCGGGCGGCGGGAGCGGUGGAGGCAGUAGCGGCGGCAGUGGUGCUGUGCGCUUGUGGGGACCCUCAAGUGAUGGGAGCACCGGGAAGGGACCUUCCUCUGCCGCCGCCUCUGCCGCGGCCGCGGCCGAGCCGCUGCCGGACGCCUCCGCCGCGGACCUGAUCAACGUGGCCUUCGGCCUCGCCGCCUCCGGCCACGUCCUGCCGCCCGUGUUCGACGCCCUGCGAGAGGCGCUGCUGGCGCAGCCGCUGGCCGGCGCCGCGGGGCCCGAGGCGCUGGCGUCGUUGGUGUGGGCGUGGGCGCGCGCGCAGCAGCCGCCGGGGAUGCUGUCGCGCCGCGCGCUGGAGGCCUUUGAGCCGCUGCUAGAGGCGGCGCCGGCGCGGCCGUUGGGGCGGCUGCUGUGGGCCAUGGGCGUGCUAGGGCUGCGGAACCAGGCCUUCCUGGCGGCGGCGGCGGCCGCCAUCACGCGGCGGCAGCUGGUGUUUGCGUCGCCGCAGGAGCUGGUGAACGUGACAUGGGCGUUCAGCCAGCUGGGCUUCAGAGUGGUGCCCGGCGGCUGGGGGCCGGGCGGUGCCGGCGACGCGGCAGGGGCGGGGGAGGCGGCGACGGGGCCUGGCGCAGGCAGCGGGCGGCGGCGCGGGCCGCAGCGGGGGCCGCGGGCGGGGCAGGAGGAGGAGAGCGAGGACGGGGUGGAGGACGAGGAGGGGCAGGGGCAGGCGGAGGAGGAGGAAGUAAGGCAUGGGUCCGGGCGACGCGGCGGCAGGCGCGGCGCGGGCGUUGCCACCAGCCUAGCAGCAGCGCGCGCUGCGGUCGAGUCCGCCGGCUUUGACGAGGACGAAUCGGCGUCCGCGUCCGCUGCAGCGGCAGCGGCUGCGGCGGAGCAGCUGCGGCCGCUGCCGCUGGCGGCGGUGCAGGACUCGGUGGCGGCGCGCACGGCAGCGCGCGCCGCUGCGCCGCCGCCGGAGCACGGCACGCCGGCGGCGCUGUACCGGUGGCUGGCACACUGCUACCUGCACAGCUUCACAGGCAGCGCCAGCAAGUGGACCAUGUCCGAUUCGCAGCUGGCGGCGCUUGCCGCCGCCUUCGCCGCCGCCGGCUACGCCAACCGCCCGCUCUUCUACACCAUGGGCCGAAUGGCGAUGCGGCGCCUGCCCACGCUCACGCCCGCGGACUUCACGCAGCUGAUCGGUGCUUUCGCGCGGGUGCGGCUGCGACACGACGCGCUGCUGGAGCGCGCGUGCGAGCUGGCGGAGGCGCGCAGCCGCGACUUCACGCCGCAGCAGCAGGCGCAGGUGCUGUGGGUGGUUCAAGCGCUGCUGCCGCGCGCGCGCUUCGCGGCGCUGGCCGCCGCGUUCAGGCAGCAGCGGCAGGAGGGGCAGCAGUGGCAGCAGCGGCAGGAGGGGCAGCAGCAGCGGCGGCCGUGGCAGGCGCGGGAGGAGCAGGGCGGCGACGAUGACGGUGACGGGUCGGCCUGGGGUGGCGUGGUGGCGGUGGAGGCUGGCGGCCGCUUCGCGGUGGCGGCGGCGCCGCCGCCGGGCUGGGAGGGGCCGCGGCCGGGCGACCCGCUGCGGCAGCAGCGGCAGCAGCUGGCGGCGGCGCGGCGCGGCGUCGAGCGGGUGCCGGUGCCGCUGCUGCCUCUGGAUGUGCCGGCGCACCUGCUCGCAGAUGCGGACUGGGAGUCGGACCUGGAGGACGACGACGACGAGUUCGACUUUGAAAAUUCGGAAUCCAACAACCGCUCGUACGGCAGCGACUACGACGGCAGCGGCGGCGGCGUGGAUCUGGGUGGCGAGCAGGGGGCGGCGGGCGGCCGGGCGCGCGCGUCGGCGGUUGACGGCACGAUGUGGGGCGGGCGCCGGCGGAACUCGAUGCGGUCGGUGGAUGAGCUUGAGGAGUGGGGCGCGGCGGCGCAAUAGCUGGCUGGAGUAGGGAGGGUGUUCUUUGGGGAGGGCAGAGCCUCGUCAGGCGUUUGAACUUGGGCUGUGUGCUAAUCUGUUUGUGAUGGUGUGUGCUGAUGCUGAUAGUGUGUCGCAAGGUUGCUGGCCAGGGCAGUACGGCACGCGGGAUGUGCGGCCCGGGGACCUCCCACCCAAGUGUUCAUGAGUAUGAGAGGGAGACACGUAUGAGAGACGACGAUACGUGAGCCGAUGAGCAUACGUUGGCUGCGCUGGGAACUGAGUGAGCCUGUGAGAUUGUAGGCAUGUGUGGGCAGGCUUGCUGCAUUGCAGAAGCAGCGCAAUGUAACUGCAGUGGCUU